AAAGUUAAAAUAUUUUCUGAAAUUAUAUUUUAUAAGAAUCUUGAAAUGUGCGGGAACUUCCUCUUCCAAACGAGUUCCCCUGUAUGCCUGGUACGAGGAUAUCCAUAUAUAAGUGCAAGCUCCCACACUAAUUUCUGUGCUGUCAAGUUUCUAACCUGUUAAAAUUAAUGUUUAAACGUUUUUUUCCUGUCAGCAAAUUGAGAUAUAAACGUUAAGAGUUUAAACCUCAGAGAAAAAUAGGUUUGCUUGCUCUAGAGCAUUCUUGAACUGAAAAUGUCAUAUCAACUGAUAAAAGACAAACUGUUAAUACCAGCAUUGCUGGAAGACUAGAACCAUCUUUGCAUCCCUUAUUUCCUUUUUCAAUCAUUAUUUAUAUUGAACUUUGCUCCAAAUCAUCCCCCACAAUCCACAUUCUAGCAUUUUGAAGCCUUCAACUACAAAACAGUGAUUAAACAUUAAUCUUAACAAAACCAUGUCAUCUGCUCUUUCUCUGUUGAAGCCUUGCAUGCCCUUAUGUACAAUUCAUGGCCUUAAAAAUGAUAAUUCCCAUGCAUCUGGAACACCUUACAGCACCAAUAGAUGUCCUGGUUUGCAGUUUAAGACGAAACUCAACCGAAGAGAUCUUUUGAAUCCUGUUGUUCUGACCUUUCUUGGUGGAGCUAUAGCUCAGCAGCCUGCGAGGGCUCAAGGAGAGAACACGGAUGAAGUUACUUCGAGUAGAAUGUCCUACUCAAGAUUUCUGCAGUACCUUGAUUCAGGUGCUGUCAAGAAAGUGGACUUGUUUGAGAAUGGAACUGUGGCAAUCGCGGAAAUAAUAAUUCCUGAGCUCAAUAAGAGUCAGAGGGUUAAGAUACAGUUACCUGGAUUACCUCGAGAUUUGGUGAGGAAGCUUAGAGAGAUGAACAUUGAUUUUGCAGCACAUCCAAUGGAAAUGAAUGUCUUGGCUGUGUUUCUUGACUUGUUGGGAAACUUGGCGUUUCCCUUGUUAUUCAUUGGCAGCUUACUGCUUAGAUCUUCGACGAAUUCUCCUGGAGGAGGUCCAAACUUACCAUUUGGACUAGGAAGGAGUAAAGCUAAAUUUGAGAUGGAACCUAACACGGGGGUGACAUUCAAUGAUGUAGCUGGAGUUGAAGAAGCAAAACAGGAUUUACAAGAAAUCGUCGAGUUUCUGAAAAUUCCAGAGAAGUUUGCUGCAGUUGGUGCAAAGAUUCCUAAAGGAAUACUUUUAACUGGGCCACCAGGGACUGGGAAAACAUUGCUGGCUAGGGCUAUAGCUGGAGAAGCCGGAGUGCCAUUUUUUUCUCUUUCAGGUUCUGAUUUCGUUGAGAUGUUUGUAGGAGUGGGGGCUUCCAGAGUGAGAGACUUAUUCAAUAAGGCGAAAAUGAACUGUCCUUGCUUGGUUUUUAUAGAUGAGAUAGAUGCGGUAGGAAGGCAAAGAGGAACUGGCAUUGGCGGAGGUAACGACGAGAGGGAGCAGACCUUAAAUCAAUUGCUCACUGAAAUUGAUGGUUUUAGUGGUAAUAGUGGAGUGAUAGUCAUUGCUGCAACGAACAGACCUGAGAUUCUUGACCCUGCUCUUCUUAGACCAGGAAGGUUCGACAGACAGGUAAACGUUGGACUUCCAGAUGUAAGAGGAAGAGAAGACAUUCUAAAAGUUCAUAGUAACAACAAGAGGCUAGACAAAGAUGUGUCUCUGGCUGUUAUUGCUAUGCGAACGCCGGGGUUUAGUGGUGCUGAUCUAGCUAAUCUCAUGAAUGAGGCUGCGAUUCUUGCUGGUCGGAGGGGAAAAGAUAGAAUUACAUCAAAAGAGAUAGAUGAUUCGAUUGAUAGGAUAGUGGCAGGAAUGGAAGGAACCAAGAUGACAGAUGGAAAGAGCAAGAUUCUAGUGGCUUAUCAUGAAAUUGGUCAUGCUGUUUGUUCGACGUUGACCAGUGGCCAUGAUCCAGUGCAAAAAGUCACCUUAAUCCCUCGAGGCCAGGCUCGUGGUCUCACAUGGUUCAUGCCUGGUGAAGACCUCACACUUCUCACAAAGCAACAAUUAUUUGCCAGGAUAGUUGGUGGCCUUGGUGGUCGAGCAGCUGAAGAAGUUAUAUUUGGUGAGUCAGAAAUCACCACUGGAGCAGCUGAGGACCUGCAACAGAUUACUAGAAUAGCAAGAAAGAUGGUCACAAUGUAUGGUAUGUCAGAGAUUGGGCCUUGGGCAUUGACUGAGGCACAGAGCAGUGAUGUGGUACUGAGGAUGCUAGCAAGAAACAGUAUGUCAGAGAAGCUCGCAAAAGAUAUAGACACAACAGUAAGAAGUAUAGUCGAUAGUGCAUACGAAAUUGCAAGAAACCAUAUAAGAGACAACAGAGAAGCCAUUGAUAAACUAGUAGAAGUGCUACUUGACAAGGAGACUUUAACCGGGGAUGAGUUUAGAGCAAUCCUCUCAGAAUUUACUGAGGUAUCAAGUGAUAAAGCUUAUAAUAGAAGCCUUCCUCAUGAAAUGAAUAAGGUCUAAUGUAGAAGGCUGGAGUUGCUACGACAGUUCCAACACAAAGCAGAGGGUAAAAGUAAAACACGCAAGAUUAUGGAAUGUAAUAAGGGACACUCAAAACAAUUUUUAUUUUUAUCUUUCACCAUGUAAAUAAGUUCUACUUGCUGCCUAGUGUUAACCAAACGUUCAAUGUACAGAUAUUUAGUUCAGAUUACUCCUGGAAGUCGUGCUACUUCAUAGAAUUAUCCCGUAUAAGCUCUGCAAAUUAAUGGAAGUGAUAUUUGUAUAAGCUCUGCAAAUUA